UGAAAUGCCAGUUUUGAUUUCCACUUUUGGUUGAAGUGAAAUUUAAAACCGCCAGAGAGCAAUAUGAUAAAAAGAGAUUAUGAAGACACGGGUGGAGUCGGGACUCGGGACUGAUGUCACAGCAGGAAGUUCACUGCGGUGCUGCAAGGAGGCGUGUGUGGAAGUUUGGAGUUGCCACUGGCAACUGCAGUGGCCGGAGUUGGACUUUUGGAAGGCAGCGAAAAGGGCCUUGGUUUGAGUAGUCUCAGAUUGGGCUUGGCACUUCUGGUGUGUCAUUAUUGCGGAUGGCAGCUUGUCAGUCGGAACUCUUGCUAUCUGACAUGUGGCAACAGAAGGCAACGGAGCUAAACUGUGGAAAAAAUAAAAUAUCUACAAUGCAUUCCCAAGCAAAUGGAGUCCCAUACAAAAAGCCAUUCUUUGAAUCAUUUGAACAAGCACCACUAUACAUUGCUGUUUUAACCUAUAUGGGCUAUGGAAUUGUAACACUUUUUGGAUAUUUGCGAGACUUUAUGAGAACCUGGGGUUUAGAAAAAUGCCGUGCUGCUGUAGAAAGAUUGGAACAAACAGAUUUUGUGCCACUCUAUCAAGACUUUGAAAAUUUUUACACAAGAAAUUUGUACAGAAGAGUAAGUGACAAUUGGAACAGACCGAUCUGCAGUUUGCCAGGGCCAGAAUUUGAUCUGAUGGAGCGUGUGACUGAUGAUUACAACUGGACAUUCAGGUACACUGGAAAAGUGAUAAAAAAUGUAAUAAAUAUGGGAUCUUACAACUACCUGGGGUUUGCAGAAAAUGAUGAAAAGAAUCUGAGCACUGUGGCUGAUGCUAUAGAAAGACAUGGUUUAGGACUCUGCAGUUCAAGGCACGAAAUUGGAAACACAGAAGUACACGAAGAGCUGGAAAAUUUGAUUGCCAGAUUUCUUGGUGUGGAAUCAGCUAUGGCAUUUGGUAUGGGAUUUGCUACGAACUCCAUGAAUAUUCCAGCACUGGUUAGCAAGGGCUGUCUUAUUUUAAGUGAUGAGUUGAACCAUACUUCUAUAAUUCUCGGAGCCAGGCUGUCAGGAGCAACUAUCCGUGUCUUUAAACACAACAAUAUGAAGAGUUUGGAAAAACUGUUACGGGAUGCUAUCGUUCAUGGACAACCACGUACUCGUAAACCUUGGAAGAAAAUCCUUAUUAUAGUUGAAGGGAUUUACAGUAUGGAAGGCUCAGUUGUACGUCUGCCAGAGAUUGUAGCCUUGAAAAAGAAGUACAAAGCUUAUCUGUACUUGGAUGAGGCCCACAGCAUCGGUGCCAUUGGACCAGGUGGUCGAGGAGUAGUAGAAUACUUUGACUUAAAUCCUGCAGAUGUGGAUGUGCUGAUGGGUACCUUUACAAAGACAUUUGGUGCAGCAGGAGGUUAUAUUGCCGGCAAAAAGGAACUUGUUGAUUAUCUACGAGUCAACUCCCACAGUGCUGUUUAUGCUACUUCGAUGUCAUCACCUGUUGCACAGCAAAUUAUUAGGGUCUUAAAAUGCCUUAUGGGGCUGGAUGGAACAACAAUAGGUCGUCAGAGAGUUCACAGGCUAGCUGCAAACACAAGGUAUUUCAGAGAGCGGUUACAUCAGAUGGGGUUUAUUAUAUAUGGCCAUGAAGAUUCUCCGGUUGUGCCAUUGCUUUUAUUUAUGCCUGCUAAAACAGGAGCCUUUGCCAGAGAAAUGUUGAACAGGGAUAUCGGAGUUGUGGUUGUUGGUUUUCCAGCUACUCCUAUAGCCGAAUCAAGAGCUCGAUUCUGUAUCUCUGCUGCUCAUACACAAGAAAUGCUAGACAAAGUCUUAAGUGCCAUUGAUGAGCUUGGUGAUUUUCUGCACAUAAGGUUUUCCAGACAUUCAAGAUCAUUACGUCCUGAACUCUUUGAUGAAACAAAUUUUGAAUUGGAAGAUUAACUUGAACUUGUGAAGAACAAGAUAUUUAAAAAAAAAUCGAUGGGAUGUGAAUUUUGUUUUUAACUGAAAUGAGCAUUUGCUUCUUCCUCACUUUUAUAAAAAUGAUGAGGAAAACAGUCCAGCUGAGGUUUACACUGUAUUCAGCUAAUUUUUACAGAGGCACAACGGCUGUGCUGAAGAAUGCACUAUAUCAUAUGUUGCGCUUAGGCAAUACUUGCUGAUGGCCAGAGUACUUUCCUGCAUAUAAUGACUGGCCUGCGAAGCCAAUGACCCAAGAUGAACUGACUUGAAUGGAAGUGCCUUAAUAUGUAAUAAUUAUUAUUAUAAUUGUUAUUAUUUUUGUAAGCCAAAGGUUGAAUGUUAGAACAGAAAUUUGACUUGAACCUCAUUUUCCUCCUUGUUGUAACACUCAUUUUUUUAACAUUUCUUGACAAUUUAAACAAAUUAGGUUAAGUAAAUCAGAAACCAAGCAUUUAUUAUAUUUUUAUUUUUAUACAUAUCUUUUAUGAAAUCUUUUUUUCAUUGCACAUCCAUGUGCAUGUAAUUCAUUUUAGCCAUUUGUAUUUAUGUACUUAAUAUACUUUGGUCUUAAAUGGUGUCCUGUCUUGACAUUCACCAAGGACAAGAUGUACUGUAUCAAAAUGUUAAUGAUAGUGGCAGGGGUUUUAUGACUGGUCCUUCCAGGUGAAUGUAUUGUCACCAGCAGUAUAUAAAAAAAAAUGUGUGUGUGUAUAUAUAUAUAUAUAUAUAUAUAUAUAUAUAUAUCAUAUAAAUACACACACAUCUAUGUCAAAAUAACGAAUUACCAUAAAGUCGAGUUGCAAAACGGUGAGACUGAAAUGAUGAAAGUUUAUAUUCUCGAACGUCCGGAUUAUCGUAAAUUUUCCCCUGGUAAGUAAACAGUUGGCUAACAAAACUUAAAAAAAAACAAACCAAAGCAAAUAAAACUCACCCAAGUGGGGUGGCUUUCCCCCCCAAAAACUAAAUAUACCAACUCUGAGAUCGCACUACAGUGGAGAAAACGGCAAAGUUCACCACAUUGGCCAACUGACUCCUUUCAUGGCAAAAGCUUGCAAUGAUCCAGAUGUUCAUGAAUAUAAACUUUCAUUGUUUUGCAACUCGACAUUAUGGUAAUUCGUUAUUUUGACAUAAGUAUAUAUACCUUGCACACACACACAAACACACAAAACACAUGCUACAUGCAUAAAUUAAUGUAAUAAACACACAUUUAUAUAAAAUAUAUUUGUGUGUGUGCUUGUGUCAUAAUGUACAGUAAAUUUAAACAGAACAUUGAGCAUUUUUUUGUUCCCUGCCACUUUCAUAUAGUUUAUUCCUAACAUAUGAUAUACAGAAACGAGAAGGAAUGCUGCAGAUUAAUUACAGUCUGCUGCACGAAUUAUCCAUGCAGAACAGGUGGAUCAUGUGUUUAUUGUAAGCCAACAAAUUUUGCACAUUUGUAUACAUAGAGCCUAGACUGCCUUUCUUUACUGAAUGUACAGGGAAACUUCUGUAUCCCAGUGAUGUACCACAGCUUGAUUAAGCACUGGAACAUUAAGAAACUUGCUGUAGAUCAUAUGUUAAGCAUCAUUAGUAAAAUUCAUUUUGAUUCCAUAUUUUUCACAGGUUGGCUCUGUCACUCUCUUAGGACAAACUGCAUCCCUACAUUACUCUGCAUUUUGCUGUCAGUAAUAAAAAGUGCCGUUUGACAACAUGGCAGUCACGAUGCCUAAUCUGGUUAA